CGACAUCUUCGUCAUCACUCGGAUACCAUCCUGGGUCUUCAUAUGUCUGAACGCGAGGGGGCAAUGGGGACGGCUCCCUAUGGACAACCUGUGGAUGAUGGCGGACACCGGUCUUUGUCAAUGCCAUCUUUAUUUCAGGGUCAGUGUGAGGGUUCAUGUAUUCUUUCAACUUGGCUAAUCUAUACAGUAUGGUGAAGUAAAGAUGAGGACAAUCAAGGAUCCAAAGAAGAAGCCUGAAAUAAGGCGACGGGGUGAGGCUGUGCCAAACACACGGGCUGAGGCAGUUCUAAACACAGUACCAGUUGAGGAGGACCAAGCAACUAAGUGUACACCUCCGAAAAAGCGAAAAACUACGAAAUCUCAAAAAGAUGAUAGCUUUAACGAGUCAGGUAGUGUUGUCGACAACCAAAGUGAUAUUGUAUCUGAGCGUAGCAGUGUUAUAGGUGAUGAUGAUAUUUCUGACAUUUCUUCGUAUAAAGGUACUCCACCAAAGAAAAGAAAUUACAACAGAAUAGUUGAAAAAAGCCCUGAAACUAACAUAGAAUUGAAUAACGAUGUUCAUAUAUCUCCUGCCGAAACAAUAAAAAUUAAAGAUUCACUGAAAUUAUCGCUAGAGAAGAAAUCGCCCCAAGAUAAGAAAACCACACCAGAAAAGAAAACGAAACCAAGAAAGAAAAACAAAUCUGGUGACUCUGUAUUGAGCGAUAUUCAUAGCAGUACACCCAAUGAUAUAACCCAGAAAAAGUCCCCUAAAUCUAAAAAACCUGUAAAGCAAAAGACAGAUUCUUCUGAGCCAAUAAGAAAUGGAGAAAUAAGUAUCACUGAAAAGAAGAAACCUGGACCUAGAAGAAAAGUAAAAUCAGAUGAUAUUGAGGAAAGUGUUCCUAAAAAGACUACUGGUAGAAAAAGAAAACUCUCAGGACCUCAGGGAGAACCUAAUGAUAAAACAGAAACAAAUGCUGUUAAAGAAUCAGGGAAGAAGACAACACCAACCAAGAGAUCAAAGAAACCAGUUUCAAAAACUAUAGACAAUGCUAAAAAGGAAGAGGAAAAACUUGUUGAAAAUUGUAAAACAAAACCUAAACGAGUGAGACCAAAGAAGGCCACGGCUAAACAAGUAAAUAAGGAGUUGGAAGAGAUUGCUGAAUCUAAGAAAAAGGAAGAGACUUCUAGGUUAGUGACUAAGGAUGAAGAAAAAGAUGAGAUUGCAGAAAAGCCAUCAGAUGAACCAAAUGACAACAUAACAGGUAUUAAAGAAUCAGUAAAAAGCAAUCAUCGCAUGCUUGAUUUAGAAACAGACAAUGAGCAGUCGGAUGUUGGAUCUGAGUUAGAAACAAGUUUUGAAAGUGUGAACAGUCACAGGACGGAUGGAGAUUCAGUACGAAAUAAGCCAGUAGAUAAUGACGAUGAAAAUGAUGAAGAGGAUGAGGAGGAUCAUGAUGAAAAUGAUGAGAAAAUGGGUGAUGAAAAGUAUGUAGAACAAAAAAUAAAGUGUGAGCAUUGUGGCUAUGUUUCUCGAAGUAAAGGUGGUCACACAAGGCAUUUACGAAAAUGUAAACCAGAGGAUUUAGGCUUGGAACCAGACACGUCAGCCAGGCCGAAAAUUCAUACUUGUGAACAGUGUGAAUAUUGUGCUCCGAAACGGGUCCUAGUUAUAAACCAUAUGAGGAUACAUGGUAUAUUUCAGUGCAAACGAUGCAAGCAUCGAGCAGACUCUGAAGAUACACUUAAUGAGCAUUCUGCGACAGAACACAAGGACAGAAGUGAUUGUAAGUUUUGUAAAAUGUGUAAUCGUUAUGUAAAAUGUAGCGAUGUUCCAUUAGAAAAACACAUGGAAGAAUGUCAGGGUCGAAUUCCGUUUAAAUGUCCAGAAUGUUCUAAAGAAUUCCAGUACGAGUCUUCGUUAAAGUGUCAUGUAGUUUCUCAUUAUCCGGAUCAACCCAAACUUUUUAGUUGUAAUCAGUGUGACUAUAAAUCGAACUACAAAGCUAAUUUGAAAAAGCACAUCCGUCAUAUUCAUGAACAGAGGGGGGAGAGGAACAUUAAGUGUACAGAGUGUGACAAACUAUUUUUUAGUGAAGACAAUAUGAAACGGCAUUUAAAACUCCAUUCUGAAGAACGGCCGUACAAGUGCCAACAGGAGGAAUGCGAAAAAGCAUUUAAAACCGUAAAUGGUCUAAAAACUCACGAGGUCUCGCACCAAACCGACAGGCCUUUUCCAUGUGAGGUGGAGGGCUGUGAGAAAAGCUUCAAAACGAAGCGAAACCUCAUUUCUCAUUUGAACGAGACACACCAAAAUGCUCCGAAGAACUACAAGUGCGAAGAAGAUGGCUGUACAAUGGCUUUCUACAAGAAAUGUCACCUGGAGCGGCAUACAGAUGCUCAUAAAGAUAAUCGCACUCAUUUUUGCACAUACAUAACGUGCACAAAGGCUUUCAGAACUGCAGAGGCGCUAAAAGUCCACGCACUUUUUCACACUGACGAGAAACCACUGAAAUGCAAUCACUGUGAUUAUACAUGUCGCCAGAAAUCAUCCAUCAGGUUUCACAUGAAGAAAAAACAUCCGGAGCUAGUACCACCAGCUGAUCUCAAACCACCAAAAACUUCUGCAAAGUCUUCGGAAAAACGUGCCAGUGCUAAGACUGAUCUGGAUCAAGAUUUAAAAAUUGAUCCAGAUGCAACAAUUAAAGCCGAGGUGAAUGAAAUAGUGACCGAAAACAGGGAAAACCAUUCUCCAGUGAAUAGUGAAAAAUCGACUGGUAAAAAUGGUGAAAGCCAUGAACAAACUGAUAUGUCUGAAUAUGCAAUUAAAGAUAAAGAGAGAUUAGUUCAAAAUUCAUUAACAUUACCAUUACCAUUGAAUGAAGAUUUUGAGCAUCCUAUAGCAAUAAGUACACCAAUAAAAAAUGAUGAAAAUGUGCCAUUUAGUAGUAAACAGACUAAUAAAUCUAAAUCAGCCAGUCAAAAGACUUCUGGUACAGAUCCAUCCAAUGAGAUGAAUGAGGGUGUGUCAACAUCGGCCAAUGAAAAGUCUCCUAAGAAAGCAUCAGCCAAUGAGGUGUCGCUUGACAGAGCAGUGCUCAGUGAGCUUCCCCCAAGAAAGGCAAAGAAAACUGACAUGUAUGAAUUCCAAAGUGAGGAAGAAUCAGGAGAUGAAAUGAAACCAGGAUUGUUGCGGAAAGGUUACGACAAAGACAAGCCGCCUCUCCCUCGCAUCGAUACCAAUCUACUGCCAGACAUAGAGCUACCUCAAGCUGAAGGUAAACCAAAGAAAGAGGUAGUGGAAAAACCUAAGAAAGAACGCAAAAAACCAGGACCAAAACCUAAACCUAAAGUUGAAAAGCCUGAAAAACCAGAGAAAGAAGUCAAAGAACCUGAAGUUUCUGAUGCUAAAAAGCCUAGAAAAAGAGGUAGAAAAAGGAAAAGUGAGAUAGAACCAGAAGCAGACAAAACUGAGGAAGCAAAUGAAGAUGAAAAGAAGGAGAAAGGUGUUGAUGAAGAGGUGGAAGAGGAGGAGGAAGUGCAAAAAGAAACCGGUAAAAAGGCUGAGAAGAAGAAAACUGGAAAACGAGGAAGAUCUCCCAAAGGAAAGAGAGGAAAGUCUCCAAAAAGUAUUAAAGUUGAUGAUGAUGAUGAUGACGAUGAUGAUGAUGAGGAAGAGGAGAUGCCUGUUAAGAAGAAGAGAGGAAGGAAGCCUAAGAAAGAUAAUUCUGGGAAUACUGGGGAUAAACAGGAGAAAGUGCCGAAGAAAAGAGGGCGUAAAUCCAAAGCUGAGAAACAGGCACUGUUGGAAAAAGACAUUGAGCCGGAAAAUGGUGAUGCUACAAUUAACUAUAGUGAAGUGGAAAGUAGCGAACUCUUUGGGGAUAGUAAGGAUAGUAUUGCUGAUCAGUUUAGAACUGGUAAUGUUUCGGAUAGCAAUACUAAUGUUGUGAAGGAGUUUACUGUUGAAUUAAGUGAGAAGCAAAAUGAGAGUGAAGAAUUGAAGAGUGAAAAUGACGAAAGUGGGUUGAGUAAAGCUAAAAUUCUUGAUAAAAGUGAUGAAAAGCGAACAAGUAGUAGUGAAAGUAGUGACAUUGGGUCAGAUUUUGAUGAAGAUCUGAAACCCCCUCCUGCUCCAAGACCACCCCCUAUGUAUGAUAGUGAAGAUGGUGACAUAGAGUCAGGGCCCGAAAAUGAGGACUUCAAUAUUUCAGCAAUGAGUAACGAGAGAGUUAGAGACUUCGAAUCUUCGAGAGAAAUCUCUCGUGAGAUCUCAAGGGACUUUGAAAGCUCGCGUGAAAUUGAUGAUAGCGUUAAGACUGUGAGUGAUCAUGUUCAUUCUGUCGACACCUCCACACCCAAAGAGCAUAUUCAUAGCGUUGGAACACCCGCAUCGGUUAAUCCGUACAGGAACGAUUCUGUGAAUAACGAACUUGAGCAUAUUCAUAGCGUUGGGACUCCCGCUUCAGUUAAUCCGUAUAGAAACGAUUCUGUUAAUAACGAACAUGAGCAUAUUCAUAGCGUUGGGACUCCCGCGUCAGUUAAUCCGUAUAGGAACGAUUCUGUUAAUAAUGAAUAUGAUAAUCCAUUAUCUCAUCCAGAUAAUCCAUUAUCACACCCUGAUAAUCCAUUAUCACACCAAGAUAAUCCAUUAUCGCACCAAAGUCACCAUAGCAGUGUUCCGCAUACCCCAUCUCACGUUAGCGUUCCUACUACACCCGCCACACAUGAAUACCAAGAAUCUCGCAGCAUUGAACCUCGAAGCAUUGAACCACGUCAAACCACCGACCGUAUUAUAAAAAAUCCAGUCCAGGGACAAACUAAUGAUGAAAACACAGAUGAAAGUUCAAUGCCUGAAGUUGAUAAGGAUUAUGUUGGUAGAUUCUUUGAAGAAAUACAGUGUAACUCAGUACCUGAGAUUACCAGAAUGAAUAGCGUUGAGGAAAGUAAGACCCCAGGUAAAAUCGUGGAGAAUCCACAAAGUGACAGCGGAGUACCAUCAUCGCUCAAUUCAAAUCAGACUGACUCAAGCCUUCAGAUGCAAUCUCCGCCCGCUGACCUGUCAAUCAAACGCAUGGAGAUGAUGUCGCCAGAAAGAGUACCGCCAGAUUAUGUACCAAGAAGCGAGAGUGCACAUAAUCGUUCCUCAGACAGAAUCCAGGGUGUGCCGUCGUAUGAUUCGCAAUUUACUUCACAAAAUCCUCUAGAGCCUUAUAAUCCACCUUUAGUAGCUCCUACUAGGGAGACUAUUCUUCGACAACCAGAAUCAAACAAGCCGCCGAGUCCUUCAAAUCCUGCCACUAACUUUAUGAGGUUCGCAGAGACACAACGGCUUCCCACACCUUAUGAUCGCAAUCUUCAAAACUUACACAGAAUUGCUGAAGGGCCUCUGCCUCAGCAUAAUAGCUCCUCCCCACUAUUAAGGCCAGUACCAGGUAGGGACGACGUAUUUCCGGGAGCAACAGGAGUUGCGGGAUCAAUGGCAAGAAAUCCUUUCCAUAGUUCAUGGGCUGGACAAGAUGUGCGGCCGGCGCAUUGGGCUCAUCCAACCUACCUUCAGCAACAACCGGGUUCGACAUCUUCCUCAUUGUUCGGUAAAGACACAUACCUACCUGGACGGGAGUUUAUGUUUGAUCCAUCUCGGGCGGCUGAGCGGAAUAUGUUCACGGGAUUAGCUGCCCCACCCUCCCACACUCAGAGGCCGGAGAUACCCCAUGACACUUUCCAGUUUGAUAGGUUUGACCUGGGAAGCUAUUUCCCACCAUCUUUACCAGUGGAUUAUACCCGUAGCGCCCAUAGUACCAGUCAGAAAACACUAGACGAACGAUACAGGCAGACUGGUUCAAGUGUUUCGGAUUAUCGUACUUUACCACCAACCUCAACAGGGUCGGACAUGUUCGGUGUAAAUAGUUCAUUCAAUUUGGAGAAAUUUUAUUCUAGUGACAAAUUCUAUUCACGCGAUCCCAUGUAUCAUACACAGCAUAUCUCAGACAAUGCCGCUAACCCGUUUUUACCUGGAAUGCCAUCCCAGCAUUCAAUGUUUGGUAGAGAAUAUGCGGCAGCCCAUCGUGGUUUCUACCCGCAGAAUCCUGGCUAUCCAUUCAUGAAUAUGAACGAUAAGAACUAUUCUGCUGCUGCUGCAUCGUCAAAGUUGGCAGCGCAUUCUACAAAUCCUGUCAGCCAGCAGCGGGACUUAAUGUCCGUUCCACGUCCAAACGUAGGAUCUGCGGAAUCACAGCUACAAGACCCAUACAGGCAUCAUAGCUCUAUGUUGUAUAACAUGAUGAACAAAUACUUUUGAAAUCAAUGUGCUUUAGUAAUGCAGCUAUAUAUGUAAAAAAUAACUGUAACCUUGUGUUUUAAGGCUGGCCUAAAAAAAAGGUUUGUUUCUGGUUAUAUGCUCAAAAAGAUUAUGGUCGGUAGGUGGGUUUUUUUUGUGUAUUUUUGAUAUAUAAGGCAUAUUAAAUUACUGACAAAGGGCAUUUUUAAUUGUCAUAUGGAAAAAAGAACUUCUGCACUGUCUGAUGCUGAAAAACAAUCUUGUUGUGAAAUUAGCAAAUGCCAUAUUUGGUCGAAUUUGGUAACCAAGAACAAACCUAUUUUUUAUGCCUCUGUAGUUGGUUGUUAUAUUGAUGACUUAUCAAGUUGAGCAUUUAUGUUCAUAAGUAUUAAGCAAAUACUUAAGUAUCGCUGUUAGUGUUUUGUUAAAAAAACUUGUUUGUUUUUCUUACUUAAUAUAUUGAACAAAUUUAUGUAUUCAAUGUGUGUGAUUGUGAAAUUUGUUAAUUUUGAUUAGGGAAUGUAACUCUCUUCAAGCCAAUUGUGUAAAGCUUGUUUGGAUUAUCUCCCUUGAAUUAAAAAACCAUAACACACCAAAAAUGCCUAGCAAAAGGCAUAAAAAGUCAUGUUUUACUAAAAAGUAUAUUGAAAGAAAGUUUGGAUAUUGGUCCAAAAUCUUUUACCAUGGUCAGUAAAGUGUGAUCUCAGUGAUUUUAAUAGAAGUACGGUUUUUGUGAGAAAAUAGAGAGAUUGUGAAUCACUACUUGUACGAGUUUGAGUGAUCUACUAUAUAAGGGUUACAUCCUCAUAGUUUGUGUACACUAAACAACUCUAAAAUGGCAUUUAAAAAAACCCACAAGGGAAAUGACUUUUAAUUGUCAGCUUACAUUGAAAAGAGAAUUUUGCAAACUAUUUUUUAACUGAGCUGCAACUUACAUUUGUGAAUGUUUACAUACAAGGUCACGUACACAGUGUGGUUUGCAAUCUGUUCUCAAUCUGUGUAUGUGUAGCUACACUUACAAGGUGUGUAUAUGUAGCUGCACUUACAAGUAGACGUACACAUUGUGGUUCACAAUCUGUGUAUGUGUAGCUACACUUACAAGGAGACAUACACAUUGUGGUUCACAAUCUUUGUAUAUGUAGCUACACUUCCAAGGAGACAUACACAUUGUGGUUCACAAUCUUUGUAUGUGUAGCUACACUUGCAAGGAGACAUACACAUAGUGGUUCACGAUCUGUGUAUGUGUAGCUACACUUACAAGGAGACGUACACAUUGUGGUUCACAAUCUGUGUAUAUGUAGCUACACUUGCAAGGAGACAUACACAUAGUGGUUCACAAUCUGUGUAUAUGUAGCUACACUUGUAAGGAGACAUACACAUAGUGGUUCACAAUCUGUGUAUGUUUAGCUACACUUGCAAGGAGACAUACACAUAGUGGUUCACAAUCUUUGUAUGUGUAGCUACACUUGCAAGGAGACAUACACAUAGUGGUUCACGAUCUGUGUAUGUGUAGCUACACUUACAAGGAGAAGUACACAUUGUGGUUCACAAUCUGUGUAUAUGUAGCUACACUUUUAAGGAGACAUACACAAAGUGGUUCACAAUCUUUGUAUGUGUAGCUACACUUGCAAGGAGACAUACACAUAGUGGUUCACAAUCUGUGUAUAUGUAGCUACACUUGCAAGGAGACGUACACAUUGUGGUUCACAAUCUGUGUAUAUGUAGUUACACUUACAAGGAGUCGUACACAUUGUGGUUCACAAUCUUUGUAUGUGUAGCUACACUUGCAAGGAGACAUACACAUUGUGGUUCACGAUCUGUUUAAGUGUAGCCACACAAACAAGGUCACUGUGUUUUGUAAUCUCUCUUAUAUUUGUCUGUCAUACAAACUGUCCUAUAUAUAUGUACUGUAUAUAUAUAAUAAAUCUAAACUUACAUGUACUAAUACACGAGACUGAAAACGUAAAACACUUGUCAAAUUUAUAAGUAUUGUUACUUGUUUUGAAUGUUAAAAUAUAAGUGUAAAUUUAUAAGCAAUACGAACAAAAAGUACCGCAUCAGUACUUAAGUGUUUUUGUUUUAAGUGUGCAAGUGUUAUAAAAGAAACAUUUUGUAGUUAAUUGUACAGUGUAAAUUAGGUUAGAAAUUUUUGUGCAGACAAAAAUGUAUUAUUAACAGAACAAAGUAUUUUUUGUUACAUUUAAAUAUGUUACCUGGUGCAAGUGUGUUUUAUGAAUAAUUAGAUUUCUGUUGUAAAUAAAUAUGUUUGUUUUACCAAAGUUGUACAUUAAAAUGCCAUAUAAUUGUUAAUAAUGCUGCUUUUCAUGUGAAUUUGUUUUUUAUUACUACAAAAUAUAUAAAAGUGUAGAGCGCUACGUUGAUGUUUUUACUUGUACAAAUUUUAUAAUGAAACCAUUUUAGUGUUGUAACAAUUUUAUUGGCAUAUUUUUAUCGAUCAAACUCUGAAUAUACAUGUUUUAUAAAUGAGUUUAUUUAUUUAAUUAUGUUAUUGCUUAAACCACUUUGUAAAUUUGUUCUCCUGUUUCGGUUGUAAAGAAAUAAAUGCAUCCAUAUCGUAAUGUUCUUCGAUAUUGUUGAUUUUAUCAUGAUUGACGAUGUUCGUGUUGUUUAAAUUCAUGUUUAAGACAAAAAUAUUUAUCACAUCUUGUUGUGUAUUAUUAUAUUGUGUAUUGUAUAUAAUUAUUUUACAAAAAAAUCUGAAAAAAUUCAAGACACUUUUUAUGAUCUUUUACUGUUACUUACAUAAUUCUUUCUCAUUAAAUGUGUGCCAAAAAAUGAGGGCAAUUCAAGAAAACCAGGUCCCAGUUUCAAUAACGAUCAUAAGGUUUCAUAUCGAAUAUAUGCAGGCUUAACUCUGUCUAUGGCACGAACUGCUUUUCAGUAAGAGUAUUGUUAGGACAUUUAUCGCAAAGAUUCUUUCUCUUACUUUAUGGGUGUCAACAGGCACUCUUUAGCAGCGUAAAGCUUAUGACUUAGAUAUCUUAUUAAAAUGGGGUCCUGUUUUGUAUUUAAUGAUUAAGGUUGUGUACUGUUUCUUUUAAAGAAAAAAAGUCUGGGUAUUGUGGUAGCCUUCGUCUUGUCGUUGUCAUCUUGAUGCAAAAAGUUGAAGCUGAGCCAUAUUCUCUAAUAUGAGCCAUUAUACUCUAAUUUGAAUGAAACUUGGUACACAUGUUUCCAGAGACAAUAUGCAUAUGUGUAGUAAGGCCAUUAACUUUUGCUUUAAUAAUUGUCAAGUUACAACCCUUGUUUUACUAAAGAAUCACAAUAUAUUAACGUUUGCAUUCACUCCGUAGCACUCUUGUUGGAACAACUCGAUGAAUGUUUAAUUAAUCAUUGCCAGAUUUCAUCAACCAGCUUAUCAUACAUACUUUCGAUUCAAAUGUAAAGGGACAGGUAUUAUAUAAGAAAAUCUAUGAAUGAUUUUUGAUCAUUACAUAAAAUGGUUGUAUUUUUAAAAAAUGGUCCGAUUGUUCAGAGCUUUGUUGAAGUAAACGUCAUCGUUGUUUGCUUUCAAAUACUGCUCAGGAAAUUUAACAGAUACACUUGUGAUCUGCAGUAGGUCUAACAAUAUUUGAGACAACUGUUUUAGCAGUACUUGUUUUAUCUCUCAUUAUUUGAGCAUAUCAUCAAGUAUUUAAAAGUUAACAACAAUGUCGUAAACCAUGUUGUUAACUUUAUAAAAGUUAUGUACAAUCGACUCAUAUUUUGACUGCUAAUUUUAAAAGACAGUUUAUUUGAACAUGUAAAUAAUAUGUUCAUUUGACAAUGUGACACUUAAUAUUGAAUUUAUAUUAUACAUCUUAAGAGACAUUUUCAGACAUUCAUUCAUAAGAGGGCCUGGGUGUUUGUAUUUUUUUUAUUGAAAUAAUUUUGAACUGGUUAUCUUGACGGAUACACAUAUUUUAAAAUUCUCAUUCGGCUAAGUACAUCUUAAAAGAUCAUAAAAUCUGUGUUUAACCACAUAUGGGUAAAAGUUAUUUUUGUGAACUUAUAUACAUCUUUAUUCUGUGUCUAUUUAGUUAUUGUAAACAAAUUUCAAAAUUUCUUAAGUUCUUUUGUCAACUUCAAAAGGGUGAAAGACUGUGAUAAAGCUGUUACUACAGUCUCUACUAUGUAUCCAAAUUUUUAGCUGGUCUGUUCAAAGGUCAAAGAAAACCAAUUGUUAAAAACUUUGUUAAAGUUAACAAAAUUGUUAACAUUAUCAUUGUUAACCUGUAAGUCGUUUUUGUACUAUUUGUAUCAACCUUUGACAGCGCUGUUUAAGCUGGACAUGUUUUAUUCCUAUUAAGCACAUUAUCAACUAUUUGACGUUUUAAAGUUAACAUCGAUGUCGUUAAUUACUUUGUUAACUUUAACAAAUUUCUGGACAAUUGGCCUAUUUCGUUUCCGGUUUCUUGACAUACUUUAAACCGUUACCCAAUCAUAAUGAUUUAAUUGCAAUCUCUCUUUGUUUCCCAACCUUUCCUAAACCCUUACCCAAACAAAAAUUCCUAAAUUGCAAUCUUUCAUUGUUUCAAGUUUUUGGUAGUUUUUUAUUCGAAAAGACACCUACCAGUAUAUAUUUAGUUAAGUGAUCUAGUUAACGUUAACCUAGACGAAAUGGCACUAUUUUGAAUUGCGUUUAACUAAAAUAAGUCCAAACCUUCCUGGUAACCCUAUAAACUUUGAAAUUGGAAACAACAAAAUAUUAAUUUUUGGCUAUACAGAUUUCCAAGAUUCCUUUAUCCUAAAAUCAGAAUUACUUUGAAAUAAAACAGUCCGAGGAAUUCUGAUUUUCAAGCACAAGUCUGAAUUUUGUUAUAUGUACGAAAAAUUAUACAAUCCUAACUUUAAAGUAAAUGCACCAAAAGAUAUACAGUCCUGACUCUUUUUUGCUUUCAGGCUAUUAUAAAUUUCUUUCUUCGUUGAAACAUUAACAACCAGCGUUUGUCUUGCCUUUUGAGAGCAUCAGCUUUUGUCAGACAUUGUUUCUUGAUUCAUUAAAAUAUAAGUUUAAAGACCUUCAUUUGAUUCUCCUAAUUAAAAAAUGAUCUCAGUUUUAUUCAAUCUCGGUGCCUGACCAUUGUUGUUCAGCGUCAAUGGAAAUCUGAACAUGUUCUACUUCCAUGAUCAUGCUGGAAGCAAAGUACUCAUGUAACAGUUCUUGUGAAUGGCUUAAAAUCUGUUUCAGCCUAUUUGCAAACCGGUAUCAAUGAUAUUGAAAUUAACAUCAAAGUAUGCAAUCGUUAAAAAAGAGAAACAGAGCUUUUUUGUAAAGGCUUAUUACCAUAUUCUGCUCACACUUGUGUGUACCCAUACAAUAAGUGUUUCACAAACUCCCUAUUAUUAUUGUAUUCAAGUAAACAUAGGUGGGAGAUCGUGUUGUUAAACCUUUAAAUGAUAAAGAAUGUAAAAAUAUUUGAUCUGCUAUUUUGUUUGUCUGGAAAAAGUUGAGAUGUUGUCAUAGCUUUUGGUGUUGUUGUCGGCAGCGCACAAAAGCUUAAACCUUAGCCAUGAAUAAAAAAUGUUUGAGAUAUUAAUAUGAAAUUUGGUAAACAUGUUCAAGAGACAAUGGGCUGAGGGACAGUAUUCAAUAUUAUUCGUAUCCUUAGAUACGCAUCAGUGAUUCCAUUCAAUCUAUUGGCUAGCUAUUUUUACAGUCCAAUCAAGACACUCAGAUUUUACUAUUAAACUUAAGUUAGAUCUAAGUUGGUUAUUGAAUAGACCCCAUAACUCUGGCUUCGAUGAUAGUGGAUUAUUACCCUUUGAUUGAGUAAAGAAACAGAUGAGCUUUGGGUUUUGUUUCGGGGGGCUUUGUUCUUAAAGUUAACAUCCAGCCUUACAGCAUUUAAACUACUCUUAGAUUUCAUGAUUUCUUUGUUUAUUAGGCUCACAAGUUUUAUUUUUCAUGAUUUCCAGGUUGUAUAAUUUUCAAACAAAGUCUUCUGCAGAAGAUAAUUGGCACAUUAUAAUGCAUUAAGUUUAUUAAAAAGUUAGUGUUGUGUGUAACAUUCUCUGACUUGGUUAUUACAGAGUUGUGCCGCUUUGAUGUCAUGAAGUAAAUGCCAGAAAGAACAAAAUUGCACUUUUACAGACUGAUUGUUUUGAAAAAGUUUAUUUUAUUUUAUGUCUAGGGAUAAGCCAAUUUUUGCAUAAAUGUCUGGAAACCAGGGACACAACUCUGAAGAAAAUCAGAUCUCAUCUUUUCAUAUAAUUGAUCGAAAAUUGAUGUUUAUGGCUAAAUGCGUUACUAGGGCUUUACUUAAAACUUCAAUUUCGAACAUUUAUAUGAAACCAGCGAUCAGAUUUUUGGUCAGAAGUCUUAUAUCACCAGUUUUCAGAUCUUCACGCAAAAAUUGACUUAUUCUAAGACAAAUAAUCAAAAAGUUGUCAAAAUUUUCACUCUGAGAGUGCAGCUUUAAAAAACUGUUUAAAUAUUCAAAAACAGUAUGUUGAGUUUGAUAUUGUUUUAUAAAAGACUUAUGUUUGUGUGAGAAAUCAGAAGAUAUUUAAAUUAUCUCCCUUGGUAAUUCAUAAAUAUAUCAAUAUUUAAUAUAAGGGACCUUAGAUUGUUUGAGGAAUCGAAACGGAUUUGAAUUAUCUCUCUUGAUAAUUGAAAUAUAACAAUAUUAAGGACUUAAGAUUUUUUGAGAAAUCAGAACAUAUUAAAAUUAUCUCCCUUGAUGAUUCGUAUAUAUAUUUAUAUAUAUAUAUAUCAAUACUUGAUGUAAAGGAUAUAUUGUUUUAGAAAUCGAAACGUAUUUGAAUUAUCUCCCUUUAAAAUCUUCGGGAAAUUAGAAUGGAUUAGAAUUAUCUCCCUUGAUAAUUGGUAUAUCUCAAUAUUUCAUAUAUUCCGCUUUCACUUUCUUUCUGAACACUUACUCUAAAUAAACUUGUUUUAUUUUUGUACAAAGCUGUGCUAGUAAUUAUCAUGCUUUUUUGAUAGUUUGUUACCGUUUUAUAGUUUUAGAACAUAUUCGUUUACUGUUUUAUUUAUGGUUUUGUAAGCCAUCACCAUGUUCAUUAUGUAUAUUGGUCAUGUCUUUUACCAGAGUUAAUAUAUAUAUUAGAGUAGACUUAGACUAAAUUAAACGCUGAAAUUUA